AGUUAACGGCGGCAUAUAGUAACCUGCUCAAGGGGGCGGUCAUCCUCCUGCCAAAUACCCAUCAACCCAGAGCUCGUGCCCAUGCCACGCAAAUGGGAUGGCGGGAAGGGAACUCCCUUCCCGCGCAAAUGGGAUAGGCAACACUUGGCGAGAAGGGAACUCCCCGGAAGUUUGUCCACGUGGAAGAGCGGAGCAGCAGCAGCAGCAGCAGCAGCAGCAGAGGGAGAAGGGGGAGGAGAGGGAGGAGAGGGAGGGGGGGUAGGAGGGGGAGGAGGGGGAGUAGGGGAAGUAGGUAGAGGUAAGGGAGGAGUAGCAGCAGCAGCAGUUGGUAUGUUGAAGACCACGUGGGCUACUGUCCCAACCCCGAUCGGUCCCUUCAGCGCCGUGGUUGCGGAAGACGGCGCCGUGCUGGCCUCAGGCUGCGGAAGAACACGUGGGCUACUGUCCCGACCCCGAUCGGUCCCUUCAGCAGAGGGAGAAGCGGGAGGAGAGGGAGGAGAGGGAGGAGAGGGAGGAGGGGAAGUAGGGGAAGUAGGUAGAGGUAAGGGAGGAGUAGCAGCAGCAGCAGUUGGUAUGUUGAAGAACACGUGGGCUACUGUCCCGACCCCGAUCGGUCCCUUCAGCGCCGUGAUUGCGGAAGACGGUGCCGUGCUGGCCUCUGGCUGGACAGAUAGGAUCGAACAUCUGCUGGUCCACGUGUCGCCAUCGCUGUUGGGAUCGGGAUCCUCUCCUCAAAAGGUCCCCGACCUCGGUCCCGUCACUCAGGCCGUCCUUGAUUACCACGCGGGCGAUCUGCAUGCCGUUGACGUCAUCGCCGUGAGGCAGAAGUGUGGGGCAAGUGGAAAGUUCGUGGAACAUGCGUGGGACGUGUUGCGGAAGGUUCCGCCGGGCCGCCAAGUCAGCUACAGCGAGUAUGCCGCGCUGGCCGGCCGGCCGAAAGCCGUGCGCGCGGCCGCUUCCGCCUGCGCGCGCAACGCCGCCGCGCUGUUCGUGCCAUGCCACAGGGUCGUGCGCAGCGAUGGCGCGCCGGGGGAGUUCGGAUGGGGAGCGCAAGUGAAGCGCUGGCUGCUAGCGCACGAAGCGCGCCGAGGGGGGGGGAUGAUUGGUCAUAUAGGCCAUGCAUCUCGCCAUCUCCACGUCUGCGACGCUCCUGAGAUAAAGCUCCUCCGCAAGAGUGAUGACGUCUGUAGCUCUGAUCAAUAUCUCAAUCCGUCCUCUCCGACCAGAGUAGAUGUAGGAUACCUCGAGAAAACGAUCUCCGUAAAGAGGCUUCCGAAAAGCCUGCAUAGCAAAGUCCGUCCCAACCAAAUGACUGUAGCCAUCUCCGAGAGCUUGGUAGCGUUUAGCCGCGAAGGCGUGUCUGGAGAGGAACCCCAUCUCGGCGAUGCUGAGUCCCUUGCCAAGGGGAAACUUCACUAGGCUAAAUGUCACCCUCCUUCAGAGAUAGCUAAUGAAUUUGUGCCAGAUGA